AUGUCUGAUAACUACGGCAACUACCAAACGGAGAUCUACGGCAAGGGCGCUUUAAUGGGCAUCCUGCCCGGCGUAACCACCGAUCCCCGCAAGCUAGAAGAGCAAGCUCGAGAGUCUCUUGGUGUCCGCGCAUUUAAUUAUGUCGCCGGCGGAGCAGGCGAGAAAGCGACAAUGGAUAGCAACCGUCUGGCAUUCCGGCAAUGGAAGCUGAUCCCGCGAAUGAUGCGAAAUACACCCGAGCAAGACGUUUCGGUCGAACUCUUUGGUCAGAAAUACGAUACUCCCCUUAUCGUAGCACCGGUCGGCGUACAGGGUAUCUUCCACGAAGACAAGGAGACAGGUCUUGCAGAAGUAUGCGAGGAAGUCGGUGUACCGUAUACGAUGAGCACGGCGAGCACGAGCUCGAUUGAAGAUGUUGCGACCGCCAAUAAGGAUGGGAAACGAUGGUAUCAGCUGUACUGGCCGAGGGACAACGAUGUUACGCUAUCGCUGCUAAAGCGUGCGAAAGAGAACGGGUUCUCAGUUCUGGUUGUUACCUUGGAUACAUGGUCGCUGGCGUGGCGACCAGCCGAUUUGGAUAAUGCCUAUGUGCCCUUUAUCAAAGGGGUGGGAAACCAGGUUGGGUUUAGCGAUCCUGUUUUCCGUGCGAAGUUCGAGAAGGAAACUGGAUCGAAGAUUGAGGAGGAUAUCAUUGGCGCUUCACGUGCGUGGAUCGGGGAUAUUUUUGCUGGGAAUCCGCAUUCUUGGGAGGAUUUGGCUUUCUUGCGGAAAAAUUGGGAUGGACCGAUUGUUUUGAAGGGCAUUCAGCAUGUGGAGGAUGCGAGGUUGGCGCUGAAAUAUGGGUGUGAUGGUAUUGUCGUGUCAAAUCAUGGUGGCCGUCAAGUGGAUGGUGCUAUUGGGUCUCUGGAUGUUCUUCCGGAGAUAGUCGAUGCAGUUGGGGACAAGAUGACGGUACUUUUCGAUUCCGGAAUUCGGACAGGUUCGGAUGUGAUCAAGGCAUUGUGUUUAGGAGCCAAGGCAGUUCUUGUUGGUCGACCGGUGAUUUACGGACUGAGUAUUCAGGGCCGAGAUGGGGCUAGACAGGUGCUUAAGGGCCUUUUGGCCGAUUUAUGGCAGAACAUGGGCCUAUCGGGGAUUCGGAGUGUGAAAGAUUGCGACCGAAGUCAGAUUCGCAAGGUGCAAUAUGGAGAACUAAGCCGGGCUUUAGUCGAGGGGAUUUUAACCAGAGCAGGGCGUGAUGUCGCGAUUCGUAGUGGCGAUGAACAUGGCAAAACAGAAGCCGAGUCUCUCCUCGAGCGAAGUUUAGCAACGCUCCACACGACGGUGACCUCGGCAUCUUUUUUCGCCGCAGCGACAUUUCAUUUCUCGUCAACUACUUUGUCUUCAGUUGCAAAUCUCUCCCAGGCACUUCUGUCUACUUUGGAUGCUAUUCUUGGAUCCACUGAGUCUUCGAGAGCGAUUGCGGCUAUUAUCACGCUUAUUCGACGUGAGUUUAGAUCCGUUGAGCCAGGCAGAAGUACGGAGAAUAUCGGUGUCGGAGACCUCCUCAUCGGCUCUCUAGGCUUCGCGCUAUUGCAGCGUUGGGGUAAGAAGAAUACCGAAAGACAUCUGCGUGAGAAUGGCGGGGAUGAGAUUGUUUGGGAUGUUGUCAUCCUGGACAACGGCGCAAGGGCAGACGUGAUUGGAUCCCAUCAACUACAAUUUCCUGAUCGUACUAAUGAAGAGUUGGUGGAGCCUGGCAGUGCUUCCUUUGUGAUGCCUGGAAAUGGCGAGGAAGCCUUUGAUGUAGUCCGACGGUCGAGCAUGUCUGAACCAUUCGGGCGUCGUCUCUCUAUUCCGUUGGAUGGCCAGCAGCAAGCAUCCGAUGAGGAUAUCCGCGCUUACAUUAUGAGCCAACUUCCUCAAGGUUGUCAUGCAUCUAUCAGAUCGGAAGUCCUGACGGCGCGAACAAUCACGGUCGAUAUCUACGACGAUGAUACGGCAGAGAUCGCCGCGCCGCCUGGCACGAAAAUGAUAGAGGAGAGAUUCCAUCACGAUCAUGAUUACGGGGAUACCAAUAAGGCCGAUUUCCAGCGACGGGGCCCCAGGCAUACAGUGGUGUUUAGGACAGCCUUCAACAAAUCGCAGAAUACUCAGCUGCGACCCUAUGAUGGCUCUGGAAUUCCUGCCCUACCCGAGUCUGAUCAUCAUAAACGAGCAUUGCCGGGCAACUCAUUGUCCAACAGUCCGGUGAAGUCUCAUCAUGAUCAGUCCCAUUUGCAUCCCGAUGCCACACAGGGAAUUGCCCCAAAGCACCGUGCAACACCUCCCGACUCACCGAAUGAAUCUCCCAGGGCUACACUUAGCAAAGGCCCAUUCGCAAAAUUUGCACAGAAGGUUAAGCCAGCUGUUCUGGAAAGAAAUGAGGCCAAACGACCACCAGGAAAGAGGCCAUCGAUAAACCCAUCCGGGCCCUCAGUGAUUCCAAGUCCUCGUUUACCUCCCAGGCCUACAAAAGGGACAGCAGCCGUGAAGCAAGCCACUGCGCGAGAGGUCGCCAGCAGACCCGCUCUUAAGAAGAGCCAAACGGAACCUCUGAGCUAUCGACCGACAACCCCUGCCCCAAAUCGAGGUUUACGGAGGUCACCCUUUCUAAACUCCUCCCAAAGACAGUCGCCAGAAUCGCAAGCGAAACACGCCCCGACUCACGAGAUGCAUGCUUCUAGGGUCUCACGAGGGGGACAUUUCACGGUGCAAGAGAAGAGCCAAGAGUCCCUCCUCACUCAAACCGACACAUUCCUCUCACGCCGUGGUGCUAGUAUGCGUCCUGGAUCGCCUGUCACUGUCCAGACUCACGUUCGCAGUAGCAGCUCCCUGUCUGUGACAAGAUCGGAAGCAGAUGGGAGUGUGUAUGCGAAUGAUAGCCGUCCUGGCUCGUCAUCUAUGCAUCACAGAUCCCAAUCAUACACCCCCAGCCUGUAUUCACUAGCAACUGCCGGGUCUGAGACCUCGCUACUGCUUGCACAUCGGCCUCGCAAAAGUGCAUAUGAAGACAUGGAAACCAUCCAGGCGCUCAAUCGCGAUGGCUUUGUUCCAGGCAUCUUUCCAGAGAGACACUUCGUACAAAACAUUCGCCGGUUCUGUCGGUUCUCCGCUGCCUCAUAUGGCUCGAAUGCGCUCACGGUCAUGGGUGUUCCUAGUGGCUCGAAGAAUCUACCCAAUACCAAGUCCGACGGCCACGAGCAUAGUGCAUUCUCAGAAAAUGCAGGUCUCCCACCCUCCACCAUCCUACUAUCAUCAUUUGUCGACCCAGCGGGUGGGUCGAACGCAGCCGGUGAAACAGAGACAGGCUUCCCACUAGUGCACUAUCUUUCCAUCGACCACGACUCCAAAGCGGUUGUUCUAACUCUACGAGGAACAUGGGGCUUCGAGGACAUCCUCACCGACAUGACCUGCGACUACGACGACCUCGAAUGGCAAGGCAAAAGCUGGAAGGUCCACAAAGGCAUGCACGCCUCAGCCAAGCGACUCCUAGAAGGCGGCGGCGGCCGAGUCAUGAUCACCCUACGCGCAGCACUAGAAGAAUUCCAAGACUACGGCAUAAUUCUAUGCGGACACUCACUCGGCGGAGGCGUCGCAGCCCUCCUCGCAACAAUGAUAUCAGAACCAAACCCCUCCACAACAGGCACAUCCUUCGUAACAGCCUCAUAUCAACCCGCCACCCGUCCCCGUCUCUUAACCGCAGAUAGCAAUCCCGCCCCAGACACAACCCUACCAACCUACACCCUCCCCGCAAAUCGCCCAAUCCACGUCUACGCCUACGGCCCCCCAGCCACGAUGUCCCCCUUCCUCCGCCUCGCCACGCGAGGCCUAAUAACAACAAUCGUAAACGGCUCAGACAUAGUCCCCAGUCUAUCGCUGGGCAUUCUACACGAUAUGCACACGGCGUCAGUAUCCUUCAAAGACGACGCCACAGGCGCAAAAGCACACAUCCGUCAACGGGUCAGCGAUUCACUCCGUCAAAGCAUCAUCCACAAAUUCUACGUUAACCAGCCUCCGCUGGUAGUUAAUGCGGGCGAUGGCGUCGGUGAAGAUGCGUGGGCUUGGAAGACGUUGAAACUGCUGCGGGAUGAGAUGCGUGCGCCGAAACUCAUGCCGCCCGGUGAGGUUUUUGUCGUUGAGACGAUGCGGGUUCUACAGCGGGAUGCGUUUACGGCGCCGGAGCUUGGGAGCGAUGGGUAUCCGCGGCUUGGGAGGCCGGCGACGCGUGUGCAGAUUCGGUUUAUUAGGGAUGUUGAUGCUUGGUUUGGGGAGUUGCGCUUUGCGGGGGGUAUGUUGAGUGAUCAUAACCCUGCGCGAUAUGAGACUAGUCUUGCUGCUUUGGUGAGGGGGGUUUUGGAUGAGUAG